UGUUGUGCGUUGGUUACUAUAAAAACAUCACUUCACGAGGCGUUCGUCGUGUCCCCCAAAACCGGUACAUAUUCCGAGUCUAGAAAUUCGUCUGCUAAGACUAGAUCUAGCCGUCAACUUGAAAGGAAAUUCCAGACAAAACAACAACAAAGAUCAAGAUGUCAGGCGUAAAGGAAAUGUGUGACUCCAAAAUCGCAGGGAAAAAGGUUAUGGUGUUUUCCAAAUCCAGCUGCCCGUUCUGCAAGAAAGCCAAGACUGCUCUGCAGAAAUAUCUUGGGAAGGAGCUCCCACCAGAGGAUUAUGAAGUUCUGGAAAUUGAAAAUAUGUCAGAAUGUCAAGCCAUCCAAGAUUACAUGCAGAAGCUCACGGGUGGGAGAUCGGUCCCCCGUGUGUUCGUGAACCAGAAGUUCAUCGGCGGCGGUGACGAUGUGGUGGCCAAGGACAAGAACGGAGAGCUCAAACAACUCCUGACGGCAUAAGUCGUCACAUGACCUCAGAUCUCGUCUGACGGCGUAGGACACGACACGAGCUUUGGGCUUGGUGGACGACUUUCUUAACCUUUGGAGGACGUUUUUUCCUGUUUGAGAAAGUGCCGUCGUGCGUAGAUUUCUCGCUUUCUCUGUACCACCGUCACACAACUGUCUUGCUUUGAAACAGAUAUGUUCAAAUUGUUAUCUUAUGUGGUAGAUCUAUGACUUUCUUAAUUAAUUAUCCAAGUGCUAUUCACGAAGCACUUGCUCAGUUUUUAUUUUUGUUAUAAAAUACAGAAAGAAAAAAAUAUUAUAACACUCUCAAAACUGCUUAGGAGCAACUAUCUCCUUCUCCUGUUGUCUUUUUCAAUCCUUUUGGCAGUCAAUGCAGCAAAAAUUGCUUUGUCUUUCGUUUAUUUUUUCAGUUUAUGAAAAUAAAAUGUUUCAUUGUAUUUCUUUGUGCUUUUUAUAUGGACUAGCUUGCUUGUAAGCGUUUGAUUUUUAUUUAUUGAUAAAAGGAACAACCUUCUAUAGGUUUUGGAAUGUGUGAUGGGCAGUAUUAUUGUGUCAGUGUAUGCCGGUAGCUCAGAGUAGCUGAGACAUAUAAUGGACAAUGGUAUUAACCCUCUUUGGACG